GGGCAAAGAUCUGGAGGCUUUGAAGAGCCUUGCAGUGCUGGAGCAUUUAACAGCUUAUAAUACUGGAGCAGAGGUUGAAGAGAGGAUUUUAAUGCACCUGGAUACCACCAAGUCAGAAAAUUGCAAUUUUUCUCCCUACCACCUUUGGAAACACAGAAGCAGGAAGAUUCAACCUCCUAGGGUCUGUCAGUGGGACCAGGAAGACUCAGGCUACUCCAGGCUCUGCACAGUUUAAACCAAGUGCAGAAGGAAGGAAAAGGUGUUUCAGGAAGAGGUUACAGCAUGGCCAAAGGCUCCAGGGUGUAAGCACUGAGAACCUUCAACUGUUCACUGAGAGGGUCACCAUGGCCGGAGCAUGGAGUGCAUGCAGCAGGCACAAGUUUUAAGGGCCUUGAAUGCCAGGUAGAAGAGCUUGAAAUGUUGCCCAAGGGCAAUGGGAAGCCAUGGAGGGUGUGUGAUCCUGUUCAGGGGAGGUGGACAAUGAGAUCUCUGUCUCAGGGCCUGGGUGUCAGGAAGGAAGUGGAGAGGUGGCUGGGGAGCCCAGGAGGAAGCUGAGCUGGCAUCUAGGUAGGAAGGGAGAGGCUUGGGCUGUGACUAUAGAUGGAGAAAAGGCCCUUUACAGACAGAUGCAGGAAAAAUGGGCGUGAUGUAGGGACCAUCUGGGCUCUGAGGAAUCCAGCAUUUAUGCAGGAGAAAGAGCAGCUGGCAGAGGAAACAGAGAAUGGUAAAACCAGAGGGGUGGUAGGGAACAGGGAGGGUGAGUCAUGCCUCCAUUUCCCAAUGGUGCCCGGCAAUGUGCAAAGUGCUUGGUAAAAACCCCAUAAUACUGUAGAAAAGUUUUAUAACUACCCCCAUUUUACAGAUAAGGAAACUGAAGCUCAGAGGCUAAGGUGAGGAGGUGACUGACAUCUGAGGAGGGACCUGGACAUGAGUCCCCUGCUGGGGCUGGAGGAAGCUUAUGUCCUUGAGGAGGAAACUACACAAUAACAAGUCACAUGGCCAGGGGAGAGGGCUUCCUGUUUCCUGGCGCCUCCCAGGCCAGCCUUGUCCAGCCCAGGCCUGAGCUGGCAGUGGCCAAAGUGACCCCAAGAGUGUCCAGGGACUCAGGCCUCUGACCAAGAUGCUCCCACAGGGACAGAGAAGUAGAAGCAGGCUGAGGGGACUCAAGAUUGGGGCCUCUGCUUCAGGAGGGCCCUAAGGAGAAGAGGAACCCUUGAAAUCUUCAUUCCAGAUCCAGACUGGGGAGGGAGGCAAGGACAGAGGUAGUGAAAGAUAAAGAAAGAAGGAGGCAUAGGAGAAUGGGGAGGUCAGGGUAACUUGGGCAGUGAGCUCCCUAUCCAGGGAGGCAUUCCUAUGUGCCCAAUCAACACUGAUACUUCAGGAUCCCUUCUGGAGGGGGAAAUCAUUGCCUAUUUCAUGGAAGAGGAAAUUGAGGCUGUCAUUUGCCCAGAGCAUCAAGGGCAAGAGUUCACAUGAGGCUGUGGUUUUAGAGAAUAAGGAAGGAGGUGGAUUCAGAGGACACUGAGAAUUUCUGGACAGCAAUGAGUGUGCGGGCCACACGUCCCCGAAGCCGGCGAGGGAGACAUGCUCCGCCCGGUGAGCUGGACCCUGUGGCAGAAGAAGCUGAGGCAGCCAGCGUAAAUUCUGAGCUGGGCUCUCAGCCAUCUCAGGAGAGCUGUAAGCCUGAGCUGCUGGGGCCCAAGGUGGAGGCCAGUGUGCAGGGCCUGGGGAGCAGGACCGACAAAAAGGCUGAUGGGGAUUCUAUCAGGGGACUGGCCUCUGUCCACAAGGGAUCCCAUGAGCCUGCAGAUGAAGCCCACCAGGCUCCGGAGGCAGCCCCGCAGGACAGGGAGACUGUCCCCUCUGGACCUGGGGCUCCUGAUGUGUUUCAGACUGUUGAGCAUGCUCUGAGCUCUCUGGAGGCAGCGGCUGCUGCCUGGCGCUGCCAGCGCCCAAGCUGUCCUGGGUUGAUGGAGGCAGAGGACAGAAGUGAAGUGGGACCAAGUGCCUGCUUGCAGCAGGAAGCAGGGAGCUGCCAGGGGGAGGUGGCCCGCCUCACAGAGAGGAAUGCAUGGCUGCGUUUAGCCCUGGGCUGCCGCCAGGAGGAGCUGACCCACAUGCAGGCCUCCCUGCAGGCCGUUCAGGCGGAGAAGGAGAUGCUGCAGAGAGAGGUCCAGGAGCUGCAGGAUUCUCUGGAGCCUUUCCCACCUCCCUCCCGUGGCCAAGCAGGUGGUGCUUCGGACAGUGGGUCCAGCAACUCUGGGGUAGAUGAGGAGCUCUGGGGAACUCAGCACCUCUGCAGUGAUUCCAGCAUCCAGACGCUUGGGUCUCUCCCCAUCCAGCCUCAUGCCCCUGAGAUGCACAUCAUGGAAGCCCAGAUGGAGCAACUUCGGGGGAGUAUUGAGAAGCUCAAAUGCUUCAACCGCCUGCUGGCAGCUGUGCUCCAGGGGUACAAGGGUCAGUGUGAAGGCCUCAGCAUGCAGCUGGGCCAGCGGGAGUCUGAGGCCACAGCUCUGCACCUGGCCUUGCAGUACAGUGAGCACUGUGAGGAAGCAUACGAGGCCCUGCUCACUCUCCGGAAGGCGGACCCGGGACCAGGAGAGGCCCCCACGGGCGACCUAGAGGCAGCUGAGAAGGGAGCCCAGAGGCUGCUGGCACGGGAGGAGGCUGCCGUGGAUGGAGGAGCACUGCGGGAUCCACGGCCAAGCCCUGAGGUCAGCAGUGUGCAUAAGCCCACACCACAGGAGGUGGCUACCCGGCUCCAGGGUUAUGUCCAGCGUCUCCAGGAUCGCCGUGCUCUGGUGAAGAUUCCCCCAGAGCCUGGCCCCACAUUGGCACCCAUGCCUACUGUGCCCCAUGCAGAAGCCAUGGUGCAAGCUCUUCUGGGGACCCAGCCUGGCCCAGCCCUACCCCGGCUGGAGAAGAUGCAGAUCCAGCAGGACUUGGCAGCCACACGGGAGACGCUGGCCGACCUGCUGCUGCGGCUGCAGCUGGUGCAGCGGGAGAAACGGGGCCUGGAGCUGCGGGAGGCCGCCCUCCGAGCCCAGGGCCCAGCCCACACGCUCCUGCUGGAGCAGCUGCAGUGGGAGCGGGCACAGCUCCAGGGCGGUGGUGCCAGCAGCAGUGGUGGGGACAGCAGCGGGGAUGAGGAGUGGUCCCAGGGCCCUCCUGCUGUCCCUGGUGGAGGCAGGGGCACUGAUGGAGGUCAGGUGGGCAAAGUGCAGGACCCAGAGAUGCUAUCUCAGGAACUGGAGGCAUCACUUACCCGGGCCCUGGGACUGCAGGAGCAGCUGCAGUCUUUGCGGGAAGAGCUGGAACAUGUGGCUCAGAAGGGGCGAGCCAGACGUGCUCAGAGUGCUGAGCUGAACAGUGACCUAUGCAAGGCUCAUAGCGCCCUGGUCCUGGCCUUCCGAGGUGCCCACCGGAAGCAGGAGGAACGACAGCGGAAGAUGGAGCAACAGAUGGCAUUCAUGAAGGCCCAACAGGCAGAGGAACUGGCUGUGCUGGAAGCCACCAUGCGGGCUCUGCAGAAGCCCAGGCCACCUCCCCGGUGUGGGGAGACACUUCUGUAGGCCGUAUGCCUGGUCACGUCUGGAUAUACCAGACAAUUGUGGCUGACCACAUCAUAAACUGUCCUGGAGUGA